GCUAUCCACAAAUUCCUAAGAAGAUGGUGGGAAAUACUUCCACCUUUCCCACUGUAGCUAACGUGACAGUGAUGGCACCAUUUACUCCUGACAAAGCCCUGAGGAGUGUCCUUGGGGUGACCUGUUGUCUCUCUAUCUUGGGCUCGCUGGCAGUCAUUCUCACCUACUUCUGUUUCAAAAGCCUGAGAACAACUCCACGACUGGUACUGGUUCAUCUCUCAUUCAUGGACAUGGGUGUAGGGCUGGCUAACUUGGUCGGGUUAUGCGUCAAUUUCGAUUCUUACUACUUUCCCCAUCCGUCUUCACCUGAUUCGUAUGAAUUUGGACUUCCAAAACUAAACAACGUCUCUGGUGUCAUACACUACAGUUGCAUUGUCCAAGGAUUUGCUGCCAUCUACUUCACCUUGGGCUCUUUCCUGUGGACAAUCAGCAUGGCAGUAUAUCUCUACCUGAGGAUAGUACACAACCAGUUGCCUGGAGCUGCCCGACGUGCUUUGUUUCUGUGCACCAUCAUCUCUUACACGCUGCCAAUAGGAGUGGUAAUGUGGGAAGGACUAACACGUAGACUAGGUUACUCUCCAUUUUCAAGUGAGGGUUGGUGCGGUAAUCAACUUAUUGACCUUUCAACUGGGAAAAGACAAGUCCUAAUGGAUUUUUUCGGCUAUCAAGUGUGGGUACUUAUAAUUUUCAUCAUCGUCCCUGUUCUCUAUGUUUCAGCAUUGUCCUUCAUCUGUCAAGAGCUAAAGAAGACAAGAUCACAGUUUGGUAUAGCAAGAGACCUGUACAAGAAAGCACUGCAUAAAAUUGACUACAAGCUCUUACUGAUUCCUGUUGCUUUCCUUCUUUUGAGAAUAUGGUCACAGAUUGAUGUUGCUAUUUAUGUUUACAUCAAAACAAGUCUACCAACCUUUUGGCAUGGACUGUUCACAUAUCUAUCAGGUAUUGGUGAUUCUGGACAAGGAUUCGUUAAUGCCAUACUAUUUGUAGUUCUUACUAAGAAGGUAAGAGCAAAAUUAUUCCCCUGCUGUAAAAGACUUCGGAAAGAAGAGGAUGAAACUAGCUCAAUAAAAAAGCCGUUAGAAGGAAACUCUGCAAAAUACGGACUGCAAUAUAAGAGUACAAGUAGACUCAAUUCAUUCUCGCCAAUGUCUUGAGAUUAUUUUAUUUUAUUUUAUAUGAAUAAAAUUAUGAUUGAAAUAAACAUAUUAUCUUUGUGUCAACUAAUACUAGGACGAGAAAUUGUUUAUGUAAUGCCCAUUUCCGAUAUACCCAAUGAGUUAUCACACUGUUUGUUAUAAAUGAAGCAAAAGUAA